CAUUUCCCAGAACCUUCUCGGACAAGCCGUUUGACAAGCGACAGAGUCUCUCGCACUGGAGGCUGAGGCUAAUAGAGUUGUUAGCUAACGCUGGGUGUUUGUCUUGGGGCGACAGGAUGGGUGUAUCAGAUUUACAGAUUGAUACAAAUGCUGGACCUGUGGUGGAUCUUUCAGCCCGGGGUAUGCAAAAACUAGAUCCCAGUUUCACCUGCUCCGAGGACACUCACACUCUCAUCCUGGACCGAAACCACAUCAUGAAACUGGACCAUCUGGAACGGAGCCCGGGCCUUCAACAGCUGUCCGUAGCUAGUAACCGUCUGGUGAGAAUGAUGGGUGUGUCUCGGCUGACAGAGCUGAGAGUCCUCAAUCUGCCCAAUAACAGUAUUGGUUACAUUGAGGGGCUAAGAGAUCUGCCUCACCUCAAAUGGCUCAAUUUGUCUGGAAACAAUAUUAAGGUCAUUGAGCAACUCAGCAACUGUGUUUCCCUUCAACACCUGGAUCUGUCUGACAAUAACAUAUCUACCAUUGGUGAUCUGACUAAACUGGUGGCAUUAAAAACACUUUUACUCCACGGAAACAGCAUCACAACACUUCGUACUGUUCCUGCUCACCUACCUGCCCAUCUAUCCAUUCUCUCCCUGGCAGAAAAUGAGAUAAGAGAUCUUAAUGAAGUGUCAUACCUGGCACCUCUCCAUGAACUGGAGCAGCUGUCUAUAAUGAGCAACCCUUGUGUUAUGGCAACCCCCUCAUUGCCAGGAUUCGACUAUCGGCCUUAUAUCAUGAGUUGGUGCCUGAGCCUGAAGGUCCUGGAUGGCUAUGUCGUGUCACAAAAAGAGGGUCUCAAAGCAGAGUGGCUGUACAGUCAAGGUAAAGGACGUUCAUAUCGACCAGGUCAGCAUGUACAGCUGGUUCAGUACCUCACCACUGUUUGCCCUCUGACCGCAUCACCAGCCUUGGAGACGGCUGAGGAUGCCAAGCUGGAGAAGAUCCUCAGUAAGCAGAGGUUUCACCAAAGGCAGCUAUUAGAGGAGACCCGUGGAGGCUGCCCCAGUCCUCCUCGUCCAACUCAACUAGAUGUGGAGAAGCACAGUCCUUCAGAUGCCGCACCACAGGGGGAAGGCAGAGAGGCGAAGAGGAACACUGUACCUGGACCAGCUGCUGCUCCUUUAGUCCCAGAGACAGAGCCAGUUGUGCAGUUCAACACUUGGGUGAGCUGUGACUCUUCCCACCCAUCAUUGCCAGCAGUUCGCAGCCCGAGGCUCAGAGAGGAGCACAUCUCUUUGGAGGAUGUUCAGACAGAUGAGGACAAACUCAGCGGCAGCAUGCUUUCCUCAGAGUCCACCUUUCUCCCGUUCACAUCUAAUCUGGAGCCACAAACAGUCCAGUCUGACAGCGAGGAUGAGACAGAGACAUUUGAACCUGACUCCCUCGCCCCAAAGCGGCCAGCACAGCCCAAAAAGCACAACACCAACAAGACACCUCAUUCUCCCCCAGUGGAUAAGCAAGAGAGGAAGACUCUCAACGAAGAAGCGAUUUCUGAUGCAGCCACAACAGUUGUCUCACUGGGGGUCAGAGUUGACACACCGCAAAAUGAUCUGGAAACAUCCCCUGAUAUUGGUAAAGCAGAGAUGAAAGGGGCACUCAAGCAGGAAGAGGCCGGUAUGUGUGCCAGCAAAUCAAGUUUGAUGGAAGCUGACAGGGCAGCAGUUAAAAUACAGUCCUGGUGGAGGGGACACCACACUCGAUGCUGUCACCCCAUGGCCAGAGAGGUGCGCAGUGAAAUCCGCCUGCACAGGAUGCAAGAACAUAUCCUCUUCCUGUCUGACAAGCUGGACAGUGUGCAGAAGCAGUAUGAGGAAGAGAGGUUACAAAGGCUGGUUCAGGAGGAGGCUGUGAAGUUUCUGUGGAAAGAGCUCCAGUCUAUGCAGCAGUGGAAGAAGUCUGUGGAGCAACAGCUGGCCAGCAUUACUCAGGCUGUCACACUGGCUCAGAUCUCAUCUCCUGGACAAUGUAAGGCUAACCCGCCCGUUGCCUCCAGCACAACAAACCCGCCCAGCACGGACGUCUCCUUCCCAGACUCCGGCUUCCAGUCAACGAGUGAGCUACAGGCAGCACAGGAGGACAGCUUCCUGAGCAGCGGGACAGAGGACUCUCUGAAGACAGUGCGAGCUCUGAGCCCCGUUCGUAGCGGCUUUGCUGGCGGUAGUGAUGGUGCAGACAGCGCAGACUGCAGCCUGCUGGAGCAGUACCUCUCCUCUGUACAGCAGAGGGAGGAGGAGGCCGAGGAGGCGAUCAGUGAUAGAACAGAAACACCACAGCCCUCCUCACCAGUCUUGCCUGGAAAAACAGCACAGUCCAACCCCCCCCCACAGAAGGCAGCAGAAGCGCAAAGAAUGGAGGGAACCCCUCUUGGUCCUGCCUGAGAGUCUGCACCCACACAGACAGCUGUACAGAACUCCUGAGUGUUUGUAAAUUGGCAUCGAGAUGCAUUGCUCCCCCGUGAAGCUUUUGGCACAACUUAAAACUGCACUCGUCUUGAGUACUGACCCAGAUCUCACAUAACUGUGCACUCAAGUCUGAAUUCAGGACAGGCUUGAAAACAAUGCAUUAAUGUGAAUGUGACUCAAGCUUUUUAUACUUCACUACUUGUUCCAUUAUUUAUUUAUGUCCAUCUCUGUGUAAAGACGAUGAUUGUGAUGUAGCCUCAGAGGGUAUUAGCAACUUGAAAGCAGUUUUUUGAUCACAUACAGUGAAUAGCUGGCUUCUUCUACUGAUGAAAAGACCUGGCACAUUCUCUUUCUCAAUAUCCACUGCAUUAUUGAUAAAGUGCGAUAAAUCAGAUUAGGAGUUGAUGUGUUAAAUGUAGUGCACUUACAAUCACAGAUGUAUACUAUAGUUGAGCAACAACAAGCAUACUGUCUUUUGUGACACACAAUGUUUAUGGCUGACCUAUUUAGAUCACAUUGAUGACAACAAAGCUGUAGUAUCUUUACCAUAAGAAAAAUGUAAAUAAAUCUUCAAUUAUAAUUUUCCAAACAUUCUCAUUUGGUUUCAUGUUGAAAUACUGUAACUAAUGGAGCUGCAGCUAACAAUUAUGUUAAUGAUCGAUUAAUCUGAUUAUUUCUGAGAUGUUUAAUGAAUCCUUAAGUGUAAACAAUGCCAAAAUUUAAAAACUGUUUCCAGUAGAACCAGAGCUCAGUGACGACUUAGCAGUAAGUUCACUUGUUUUCAAUUUAUCAGGAUAAGAAGUAGAGAGUAAGCAAAGCCUUCCACCAUGUAUGAUACUGAUUACACCUGUGCUGUUCAUUCUAUGAGAAGUCAAAAUACCGCCUAUAAAGGUGUAUUGCUAAAUUAAAAAAAAAAAAAAAAAUUAUAAAUGUUGUUUCAGCACAGCAGGAAAGCUACAAAUCAUAAUUGGGGGACAUUUUUGGUUGAAUUUCAGGGCAGUUUACAACCAAAGCUCUGACUAAUUGUUCUUUUGCCUCCUAGUAACUGAUUUGGCCCAUUAAUUACCUGUAUGUACAAUACUGAUAUAAAGUUCAGAUCAUUACAGCAUGAUAACAGGACGACGGACCUGUCCUGAAAGAAUAUGAGCCUUGACAAUUUCACAACAAUUCUAUUUUUAAGUUAAGAAGUUCUCAUUCUGUUGUUUGAAUAAAAACUUUUUUGCAUCAGU